UGGCUCUUCGUCGUUGUCUAACCGUCAAUGCUGUGGCAGUCUUUGUGUUAGAAGCGUCUCCAGCUUUGAUUUGGUUCGUGUAUAAAUAUAUGCUGUGACGUCUGUUGUUUACGUCGUGUGAAUUCCUUAUCUUUGUUCUCAAUUUAUAAAACAAUAUUAUACAAAGGCAGAUAGACGAAACGUGUGCAGAAAACAUGGAAUAUUGCGUUCUAUUAUUUAUGCGCGAGCGUUAAUUUUUUUUUAAAAUUAAUUGCUGUUUAUCGUAAUUGUGUGUGUGUGUGUGUGUGUGUAGUGGUUCAACGUAGCAGUCAGAAUUUCGUGUGAUAACCCAUCAUCCCCAUCUCGGGAACAUCACUCCAAAAUGGUUAUCAAAUCGGAUGGCACCGAAUCACCUCUACUGGAAGAACAUGAAGUAUCGAGUCCGGCACAUAAACCCAAACAGAUCACAAAGUAUGGCGAGCUUACCAUCUUAGGAUAUAAUGGGUUCCUGCCACCGGGCGACCGAGGUCGCAGGAGAAGUAAAUUUAUGUUGUACAAGAGGUCAUCGGCUAACGGAGUCAAGCGAUCAAAGCACUAUGUUGUCAAAACACCACAUUCCUCCCAGGCGAUCCUCGACGCGGAACAACACUCCAUAUCCUACACAUUAUCGAGAAACCAAGCUGUCAUCGUCGAAUACAUGCCUGAUGAAGAGAAGGACAUGUUUCAGAUUGGCCGGUCGUCGGAGUCGCCCAUUGACUUCGUGGUAAUGGAUACAAUUCCGGGGGACAAGAUGGGCGAGAACAAGGUGUUGCAAAGCACGAUAUCACGGUUUGCAUGUCGCAUCCUUUGUGACCGCUCCAACCCACGAGUGGCACAGAUCUAUGCUGCGGGCUUCGACUCUUCGCGGAACAUAUUCCUUGGGGAGAAAGCGACGAAAUGGCAGGAGAGUCGCGAAAUCGACGGCCUGACGACUAACGGGGUCCUCAUCAUGCACCCUCGAGGAUCUUUCUGCGGUGGCGAGGCGAAACACGGUCUGUGGCGAGAGGUGUCUGUCGGGGGCGGCGUGUUCUCCUUGCGGGAGUCCCGAUCCGCCCAACAGAAAGGAGUGGUGGUGGAUGACGAGACCAAUGUUCUUCAGGACGGAACCCUCAUUGAUCUCUGCGGUGCGACGUUACUCUGGCGGUCACAUGAAGGACUGGAGAAAUCACCGACAAAGCAUCACUUGGAGACUCUGGUAGACGAGUUGAAUGCCGGACGACCCCAGUGUCCUGUGGGGCUGAACACACUGGUGAUUCCACGCAAGUUAACUCUGAGUAUGAGCGAUGAAACCGUGAAUGAAAAGCAACAGCCCUACGUGUACCUGAACUGUGGUCAUGUCCAGGGUCACCACGAUUGGGGACAGGAUAAAGACUCCAAGGACAGGCGUUGUCCGAUGUGUCUCGAGAUGGGGCCUGUGGUAAAACUGUGCAUGGGAAUCGAACCGGCGUUUUACGUAGACGCCGGACCUCCAACAUUUGCUUUCAACCCUUGUGGCCACAUGGCCACGGAGAAAACCGUGAAAUAUUGGGCCAACGUCGCUAUUCCUCACGGCACCAACGGCUUCGAUGCGGUAUGUCCCUUCUGCGCCACGCCGUUGGUCGGUUACCCCGGCUACAUCCGCCUUAUCUUCCAGGAUAACGUGGAUUGAAAGCCGUACUUAAGUUGUCUGUUUGUUUGGUUUGACAGUUUUUAAUUUAUUGCCUAAUCUGGCAUCAACAGUCCAGGAGAAAUUGCGUUGGAAUGCCUUAACAGUGACAGCCUAUAAUGAAAACUUACGAAAAUGUCUGCCUUAUUACGUUGAUUUGAAGGGAGACGCAGAAGUGUCGAAACAGUGACAUUACGGUGUCUUAAUUUUUUUUUAUAUAUAUAAAAGAAUAUAUACUGUAUAUAAUUUUCACAAUUUAACUGAUGUGUAGAAAUGGAAAUUAAAAGUGGUUAGGUUAUUUAUUACGUUUGAAAGGUUUCUUUCAGACGCUGAUAGUUUUCCGUUCAGUCACGAUUGAAUUGAUAAGACUGUUUAGAUGUUAAGAAAGAAGAAUAAUAUUACGUAAAAAAGUUAUAACCAAAAUAUAAAAGUCGAGAUCGUAGAUGAGAUGAUCCCGUACCAGGUGGAUGUUUUUUUUCUUCGUACAUUGUGGAGUAUCGUACGUAGUUCGGCGCUGGAAUUCCGCUGAAUCUUACGUAUCGUGCCGCUGAUUUCGGUACCAGAGGUGAAAUAGAUUCUUACGCGUUUCAUCGCUUAUUAAGCUGGCAUCAAGACCAUGACGUCUCUGCUUGGCACUCGGCGGUAAUAGAUUUAUCGGGUUCGAGGUCGCAGUUGAAACAUUUUCCAAGGCGGUUUUACGCUAAUAAAUUCGUAGAAAAGAAAAAUUAUCGAAGUUUAUUGUUCUCAUACUAAUAGUUGAGCGCAUAUUUUGGUAUUUCUUUGGAUAAUAUUUGUUUUUAUCGUAAAGUACACACUUUUCGUUGUUCCGUAACGGAAUGGUUUCCAGUUCAAAUAUUCUGUUUUGCGCAAAACGAAUUUAUAGAUUUUAUUUACGUGACAUCAAAGUGAUGUUAGAUAAAAUUUUAUGACCUAAGAUAAACUUCAUUUAAUCACGGUUCAACGACAGUAACAAGGAAGUAAAUAAAAAUCUGAAAAUGGCGAAGUGUUCCGUGAGAUUUCGUAACGAGGCGCAUAUUUUAAUUUUUUUCGGUGAAGUCGCAAUU